CGCCGCCCCCGCCUGGAGGUAUGGGGGGUCCUCCCCCUCCCCCUCCCCCCGGAGCUCUUCCUGGCAGACCAUCAAACAAAGAAGCCAAGGGCCGGGGCGCACUGCUCUCGGACAUCCAUAAAGGCGCAAAGCUGAAGAAGGCCGUCACCAAUGACAGAUCGGCCCCCGUUGUAGGUGGAGGAGUGAAGUCUUCUGGUCCCGCCAUUGCUGGUGCUCCGCCUGUUCCGGGCAUGGCGAAGCCUCCGGCUGGGUUGGCACCACCUGUCCCUCCGGCACAAGCGGCAAACCGACUACGAAGUGACAGUAAUGCGAGCUCGGGAGGAGAUAGUGGCGUCUCUGCGCCGCCUCAACUCGGGGGUCUCUUCGCAGGGGGCAUGCCCAAGCUACGCAGUCGAGGGGGCGUUGACACGGGGGCUACUCGCAGCUCCUCGUAUCUACCAGAGUCGGGAGGCGCUCCCCCGCCCCCUGCGGCAUCCGCUCCGAAGCCUCCGGGUGCGCGACCCCCUCCACGACCGCCAUCUACAGAGUCGCCGCCUGCUCCUCCAGUCAAUCCUUUGGUCGCAAAUCUUCGGAAGCCUCCUCCCAGACCGGCCUGCCGGCCGUCCUCCACAGCAUCGAAUGUGUCAAGCAAAUCAGCCCCUGACGCUCCGCCGCGGGCGCCGCCACCGUUGCCGGGCUCCGUGAAAGGCCCGCCGCCGCCUCCCAUCUCCAUAAGGAAACCCUCAGCACCCCCUCCACCACCCUCGACGUCUAGUCCAGCUGCACCGCCGCCGCCUCCGCCCGCGUUUUCUGCUCCCCGUCCUCCGGCGCCGGCUCGAUCCACCCCUCCCCCACCACCCCCUCCUGGCGCCUCGGCACCACAACCGCCGAAUGGUGCUGCAUCUAUCGCAGUUCAAGCCGCUCGAAACGCCCUUGGACACGGUCACCCACCACCGCCUGCCUCCGCUCCAUCAGCACCUCCUCCCCCGCCCCCACCCAGUGCUCCUCCUACCCUCCCCUCCAGUGAGCCGCCACCGCGCCCAUCACCCCAGCCUCCUGCGGCAGCACCUCCUCGACCCUCCUCGUAUGACUCGCCAGCGGGUUAUCAACCAGAUCGCUCGACUCUGGAUCCGAGCGCUUACACCCUCAGCAACGGCGGGCCGUCACCGGGGUCAAGUCCUCUGGGACCAGGUGCGCACGGUCAGGUUCGGGUAGACGACCAUCGGUUCAAGUUCCAGAGCGACGGCUUACUGCCCAAGCCCAGACCAUUUGUGGGAGGCGCCCGACGGUACCGGGCUGGACGGGGUAGCAGUGUGCCAUUAGACCUGAGCGCAUUGAGUGGAUGAAACAUUGUUGCACCGAUACAUCUGGGAGGUUCCCAGUCUUCACGCUUGUAAAUUUGCUUAGCAACGCGCUUAUGGGUAGUGACAGCAGGGGUUAGAAAUGAAGUCGAG